AUGCAAAAUGCCACUUGCAUCAUCGGACUCGAUGCUGAAAACGUUCGGGAAACUUCUGGAGGACGCGCGUGUCACUGGGCCGUCCCAGUGGUGGCACUGCGAGUCCCAGGGCACAAAAAGCUUUGCUUCCCCCAAUCUGAUCUCUUCUGUAAGAUCUUCCCCCUUCUCCUCGAUUGCUUUCUCACGCCGCGGAACAUGAUGGCCACAGACAAAGCUCUUGCACCAGAGGUCCUUUGGGCUCAAAGAGCUGACGAACUAUUCGUUACCAUCAACCUCAGCGAUGUCGAAGAUCCGAAAAUUGACGUAACCCCUUCCAGUUUGAAGUUUGCCGGAAAGGCACGGGGAAAUCAAUACGCUGUGACCAUAGACUUUUACAAAGAGGUCGACCCUGAGACGUCAAAGCAAAGCAUCACUGCGCGAAACCUGUCGUUUGUUCUUGCCAAAAAAGAGAAAGGACAAGAGUACUGGCCUCGCCUUACUAAAGAGAAGGGCAAACUUCACUGGCUCAAGACUGACUUCUCCAAAUGGAAGGAUGAGGAUGAAGAUGAUGAACCUGUACAAGCCGGAUUUGAGGGAAUGGAUUUCUCCCAAUUCCAAGGAAUGGGUGGUAUGGGCGGUAUGAGCGGUAUGGGUGGUCUGGGUGGUCUGGGUGGUCUGGGUGGUAUGGGUGGUAUGGAUUUCGGAGCUGGUGGAAUGGAUUUUGGCUCUGACGAAAAGGAUUCCGAUGACGAGGACGAUGAAGAUAUGCCUGAUCUGGAGGUUGCCCAAGACAAGACUGAGGACAGCGCUUGA